AUGGACGCGAAAAUCAGUGCGAGGGGCAGUGGCGCGGCGGGAGGCAGGGAUGCAGAGGGCGGCGACAUGGGGCUGGAGGGAGCUCACGGCAGGGGCGAGGGAGAGGCGAGCGAUGGCGGCGAGCAUGGGGCGGGUGAGAGAGCGGCAAGCAGGGAGGCUUGCGCUGGCCAUGUGGGGAGCUGGGACGGAGGCCGGGCUGAGGGCGGAGGCAGCGGGCGAGAGAGCGCGGAGGGAGCGGGAGCGGAGGGAGGUAGAGGAGGCAGUGUGGGCGUGGGGGGAGGCCGUACGGGAGCGCCGGGGGGAGGCGAGGGGAGAGCAGACGAGACACAGGCGGGACAGGAGGGCGGCGAGGAGGGUACUGCAAGGGUGGGGCGAGGUAGCGGCAUGGGAGGCGGCAAGACGGGAGGGGGUCAUGCUCAAGGCAGAGGAGAGGCGGCGAGGUCGGGAGGCGGCGAGGGCGUACGGGGGCUGGCAGGAGGCGGCGGCAAGGAUGAGAUACCAGCGGUGGGCAGCAGGGGUGAUCGGGAGCCGGCAUGGUCGGGGGAUGUGUCGCGGGAGCUUGCGGAGGCUAGAGCUAUACCGGAGCGUACGGCAGAGGAGGACGGGGAUGGCGAGGUCAGGGAGGGAGCGGGGGAGGAGGAGGGCGGCAGGGAGGGUGUUGAGGCGGUGGGGAGAGGAGGCUCGGAGACGGCGGGGACGGCGGGAGACAGUGCGAGGGGCAGUGGCGCGGCGGGAGGCAGGGAUGCAGAGGGCGGCGACAUGGGGCUGGAGGGAGCUCACGGCAGGGGCGAGGGAGAGGCGAGCGAUGGCGGCGAGCAUGGGGCGGGUGAGAGAGCGGCAAGCAGGGAGGCUUGCGCUGGCCAUGUGGGGAGCUGGGACGGAGGCCGGGCUGAGGGCGGAGGCAGCGGGCGAGAGAGCGCGGAGGGAGCGGGAGCGGAGGGAGGUAGAGGAGGCGGUGUGGGCGUGGGGGGAGGCCGUACGGGAGCGCCGGGGGGAGGCGAGGGGAGAGCAGACGAGACACAGGCGGGACAGGAGGGCGGCGAGGAGGGUACUGCAAGGGUGGGGCGAGGUAGCGGCAUGGGAGGCGGCAAGACGGGAGGGGGUCAUGCUCAAGGCAGAGGAGAGGCGGCGAGGUCGGGAGGCGGCGAGGGCGUACGGGGGCUGGCAGGAGGCGGCGGCAAGGAUGAGAUACCAGCGGUGGGCAGCAGGGGUGAUCGGGAGCCGGCAUGGUCGGGGGAUGUGUCGCGGGAGCUUGCGGAGGCUAGAGCUAUACCGGAGCGUACGGCAGAGGAGGACGGGGAUGGCGAGCGGCACAUGGUGAAGGUUUGUUUUCUUCUGUGGGGAUUUCAGCUGGCGAACGUUGAAGAAAAGGAUGGUCCUGAGUCCGGGCCCUUGCACUCAAGACAUACGAGAAGUAGCCUGGAGAUGAUCAGACCGGCAGGUGAAAACCUUUCAGGCCAUCACAACCCCAGUGUUUUCCAGGACAUUGAUGGGAAAUUCACUUCCAUCGUGGGUAUUGCAGAGGAAUAUCUUGCAAAGAUUGAAUUCCUUUGGAGGAUUAUGUGUUCCGAGCAUCUCAGCAUCAAGUUUUCUGUACACUCCAAUAUGUGUUCCGUCCGCAACGAGUUGGUUGAAAUACUAGGCUCCUUGGAGCAAGAGAUCUCAAUUUUUCACCUGCAGGCUGUAGAAUCAUGGUACACCAAUGAUUCCCGGAGCGUCGAGCUGGAGAACCUUGCUUUUGAGACGAGGUUUCUCCGCCAGAAAGCCAAGGAGCAGGAGAGGGAGCUUCGGAAGCUGGCAGAUAUCCAACAGACCAACAUCACCCUCAAGAAGUCAAACCUUCUCCUGAAUCAGCAUGUGCAGGAUAUGAGGACCGCGCUGUCAGAGGCCAACAAUGAGCUCGAGCUCUUGUCGUCAUCCAUGUCAAGGGCAAGAGCUUCCAAGCAGGCUGAUGCCUCUGCGGAGAAGCAGUCGGGGGAGCAGUCCCACACGCUGCAGGGCAGUCUCCUCGAUCUCCGUAGGAAUGCUGGGUUUGACACCCGGCGUGAAGGCAUCGACAGGCCUCUGAUGCAUUUCUCCAAGAUGGUCGCAGAUCCCAACUUCUUAGGAGAAGCCAUGAACGGUCUGAUGGAUUCAGUUCAAGAUGGAGCCAAUCAUCUGCUUCAAAGCUCACCCUAUCAACCGCCGAAGAAUAAGAGUCACUAG